UUUUAAUUUAAAACUUAUCAUCUCCUCGUAAGAAUAAAAACUACUUACUCUAUAAAUUUAAGCUUCAAGAAACCUCCAAAAGCAGAGAAAUGAUCAACGCUUUUAAGACUAUCCGAUCACUGCCCUCGAAUACCACCGUCUCGUUCUGCUCAACACCAUCUCGAUUAGGCCGGAAAGUCACUGGAGUUAGUUUUGCCACCACUUCUGAUCAGCAAAAGAUGGAUAAAAAGCCUGAAAAUCCAAACGAGAAAACCGGUGACGUGAUGUCGCAUUCUUAUGGAGAAGGGUACGCAACAAGGUCUGACGAAGAAGGGUUUGGAGGAAUCUAUGGAGGAAAUCAAACACUUCAGAAGGAAAACGAGAUCCAUGAGAAUCACCCUGGUACUCAGAAUAGUUAGUUAUCAUAUACACGUUUAUUACUACUUAUAUGAUCACUUUUAUUGUUUACGAUUCUGGGUGUGUGUGUGUGUGUUUUCAUGUUAUUGAAGAUUACGACAAAACGCAAGGUAGCGAAUCGAAGGAGAAGGAGAAAGCAAGGAACCAGACACAAUCCCACUGCUAAAGAAAAAAUGAUGAUUUAGUGUCUUUGUUCUUUAUGCUUUAAUAAAAUCAGACUUGUGCUCUGUAGUUCGUAGACUCUGGUUAGAGUUUUUUUUUUGUUAAUUGCGUUUUUUGACCCGUAACCUUUACCGGGUUUUUGUUGGUUAUCCUUAUCACUUUUGUAACACUCGUUGAAUUAGUAGUUUUUGUUGAUUGUUGAACAUUCCCU